AUGGCUUCUCUCUUAUGGGGGCUCUUCUUUCUUGUCUGCAAAGAGCUGAUAACCCUAAUCUCCCCAUAACAUUCCCUUCAUUUAAGGUGAGCUCCAACUUGGACCGUGGGAGAAGCAUUAUUAGGGCAGUGCCAAGAGCUCUUUCUGCAGCUUUCAACACCGUAUCAGAUUUUGGAUGGAGUCUUUUGAAGAGUACAGCGAUGGAAGAUGAUCGAACACCGAUCCGAUCCGGUGAUCCGGGGGUGGAGUUUCGACCCAUGUCCAUAGCAACCAUCUCUUUCUCUCUUGAUAACAUCCAAAAAAUCAAGGCGAAGCUUGGAGUGACAAUAAACGAUGUACUCACUGGAAUAAUCUUCUUUGGCACUCGACUAUACAUGCAAUCAAUGAACCAUGCAUCAAGAAAUGCCAAUUCUACUGCACUGGUGUUGCUCAACACCAGGGUGAUUAGUGGGUACAAAUCGAUAAAGGAGAUGACAGCAUCUGAUAGCAGCUCACAAUGGGGAAACCAGUUCGCCUUCUUACAUGUUACACUACCUGAGUUGGCGGAUGCCAAGUUCACAAGCCCACUUGAUUUUGUGGCAAAAGCUCAACAAACCAUCCAGAGGAAAAGAAACUCUUUAGCUGUUCACCUCACUGGUAGGCUACUAGAGACUUUGCGGAAAUAUAGAGGCCCUGAGGUCACAGCUAGGUACAUCCACAGCACCCUAAAGAACUCAAGCAUGACAAUCUCAAAUAUGAUUGGACCCAUGGAACAAGUGGCUCUAGCUAAUCAUCCAUGUCGGGGAAUGUAUUUCAUAACGCUAGGCUCUCCAGAGAGUAUGACCAUAUCAAUCUUAAGCUACAUGGGAAAGGUUCGAAUCACCGUGGGAACGGAGAAAGGCUUCAUCGAUCCUCGAAAAUUCAAUGCAUGCAUAGAGGAUGCUUUCCAGAGAGUUUUUGAAGCUGCCGUGGGAACUCCUCCCCCUCCAAUGUCAUGAUUCAAGGAUUCUGUGUUCAUGGUUGUCAUAUUUCUUCAUAACAGAAGUUUUUGUGUCGAUUGUUGUGUGGUAGCAUACUCAUUUUUUGGUCAUGAAACAACUAGUCCAUCCACCAUAGUCUUUAAUUAAUAUUGAAGAAGAUUGUUUCCAAGGAUGACCAGUUUGAAACCGUUUGGGAGUUGUUCAAAUGUUCAUGAUAAUUAUGAUAAUGAUAACAAUUGUUUGAGUUGCUUCGCAUUAAGUGCUUUUUCUUUUUAC